AUGAGUUGUAAAAGUGGUAGCGGUAGUACAAGUGCAAAAGAUCAACAACAACAAGUUGAAAUUCCAAAAGAAAAGAAUCAUUAUGGUAGUACUCAAUUCAAAGGUAGAACACUAUUCAAGGUAGCGAUUGUCGGUGAUCUCGGUAGUGGUAAAUCAACAAUAGAGCAUCAAUUAACUGGUCAAUCAGUAACAUCUAUUGGAAACAGAUAUGUAAAACCUUCAAAUCUUACACUCAAUUGUUUAAACAAUCAAGAGGUUAAUGUUCAUUUUUUCGAUUCUCUUGGACAAGAAAGAUUUGGUGGUAAAUUGCCAUUUUCAUAUUAUCGAUCAGCAGAUUUCAUCUUUGUGGUGUACGAUAUAACAUUUGAUGUUUCAUUUACAAAUUUGCCUAAUUGGUUAAGUGAGGCACAACAACCUCAAAUAAAUACGGUAGCACCCAAUAUCCUCAUCAUUGGCAAUAAAUUGGAUCUAGUCAAAGAGUCUGUCAGAGAGAGAGCCAUAUCAUUUGAACAGGCACAAACAUUUGCCAAUCAAAAAGGUUUACAAUAUCUCGAAAUCAGUGCUUUCAAAGGUGAUAAUUGUCAAUCCAUAAAAGACUAUAUAACCAAUUAUAUUAAUCAAAAAAUUAAAGAUGAACAAUAG